GAGAUCAGCUGUGAUUAUCUGGCAGCAGCACUGAAGUCCAAACCCUCCCAUCUGAGACAGCUGGACCUGAGUAAUAACUACAACCUGAAGGAUUCAGGAGUGAAGCAUCUGUGUGGUUUCCUGGAGAGUCCAGGAUGUGGACUUGAAACUCUGAGAUUGAGGGGCUGUUAUUUGUUAGAGAUCAGCUGUGAUUAUCUGGCAGCAGCACUGAAGUCCAACCCCUCCCAUCUGAGACAGUUUGACCUGAGCUGGAACAACCUGCAGGAUUCAGGAGUGAAGCAUCUGUGUGGUUUCCUGGGGAGGCCAGGAUGUGGACUUGAAACUCUGAGAUUGACGCACUGUGGUUUGUCAGAGAUCAGCUGUGAUUAUCUGGCAGCAGCACUGAAGUCCAACCCCUCCCAUCUGAGAGAGCUGGACCUGAGAGGAAACAACAACAACCCACAGGAUUCAGGAGUGAAGCAUCUGUGUGGUUUCCUGGAGAGUCCAGGAUGUGGACUUGAAACUCUGAGAUUGAGGGACUGUGGUUUGUCAGAGAUCAGCUGUGAUUAUCUGGCAGCAGCACUGAAGUCCAACCCCUCCCAUCUGAGACAGCUGGACCUGUGGGGAAACAACCUGCAUGAUCCAGAUGUGAAGCAGCUGUGUGAUCUUAAGGAGAGUCCAGACUACAGACUGGAGACUCUGUGGUCAGUAGAGUGA